UUAUCAACUUGUAUCUUGCAAGGGACAGUUUUCCUUUUCUCGCAGUUGACUCUCGCCCGCUGUCUUCUGUGUUCCUGUCAUUGUUCCUUCCCUAACAAAAUCUGGGGAGGUUGUCGAUUGUGUAUCGUUCACCAUGGAUAACUGAAAGAGAAAAAGAAAUCACCAUUAUUUUAUUGUUAACUCUCACAUGCCGCUCUUUCAACCAUCUCUGUCUUUUUUUUUCAUUUCCUACAAAGCCGUCUACCUAAGUGUUUACUUCUUUAGCCUAGCCUUUCUUCUUCACUCUCUCUCCCUCUUGAAACCUUUCAUUAUCCGUCCCUCACAAAGACAGGAUCAGACUAUGCCAACAGGGACCUCGUGCUCAUAUCCAGCAUGUUUGUCCCAUUCAGUGGCCUCCAGGCCAUAGAUCUCUUCUCUUCGCCCCUCGGCUCUUCAUGUUCUGAAAAACAACCCAAGGACGCUCGUUCUUCUUCUACACACUGGACACCACGAACAGCAACUGAUAUCCAACAUGCGGCCACGAAGUCGACCUCACAAUCAUCAUCGAGGUACUACAAAUCGAAGCCUAAAUGGCAAGCGUCUCUUUCGCGUUUCUUCCGAUCAUCCCCUCAGGAUAAACAUCAGAGGAGAAACGACACCAAGCUAGAAGCAUACGACGACGUGGAGAUGCAAGGGAACGAGAAGAUCGACAACAAGGAAAAACACACACAGCGUCUAAGUCGAAUGUCAUCUCUGAAAAUCCCCCGAUCAAGAACCAAGAGCAGCAUUGCAGAUCACGAAAAAGAGAAGAAGACCUACGAGAAAUCAUCAAUGACCACAUCAUCCACGAAGAUUUUCACCCCGAAUAUCGGGAUGUCCUCGACGUUGAAGAAACGUAAUAGACCUCAAAGUCGUCGAGAAUCUUCCCUGUCUACACUCCUAUCCCUUCGGGACCACCACAGCACCAGAGUACCCAGUGCAACUUCAACAGCCGCUGAAAUCCCAUCAUUCGAACCCCGGAUCUCGCCCCCAACUCCAACUCAGACGUUCGCGGAACCAUCAAACAAGGCAGUUCGAAGAAGAAGUACCAUCAAAGACUGGAAGAAGAAAACAGACCGGCUAUCUCUUUCUCUCUCCCUUUCCGUUCUCGCGCCUUCUGCACGACUAUCAGCCUAUGGGCCGUCACCUCAUUGCAAAAGCACCUUCGAGUGGGAUCGUAUAUCUCUCGAUGAAGAAACAGCCCCGAAACAGCCCGUGUAUAAUCAUCCGAAAACCGUAGCCAGGAGCGCUACGGAGAGGAAGAAGCCUGUCGUCGUGGGAAAACCACGCAAUGACAAUCCAUCGUCCCGGUCUAUGCGCUCGAAGAGAGAGUUAGCUUCGAGAUCUACUUCGAGAAGUAGACACGAGUCGAGUAUAGAUGUUACCGGAGACGGCGAAUUCACCAGCCUCAUGGAAGUUGCCAACGGAAACACCAAACGAACCGGUGGCGUUGAGGCGCUGGAACUCAUCUAGAAAUAAAUCCCUUUUUUCCCCAGUCCAUUAUAGACUGUUGCUGUUUUUUUCUGCAUUUCCAGAUUCCUCCUUAUUGAUAUGAAAUGAACGCUCAUUUA